AUGCUGCACCGUUCACCUGCACUACGACGAAAGUCUGCGCCGCGGGACGAAACUGAACUGGCUGCCCGGUGUGCUGACUCUACGUAUGUACACGAGUGGUGCCCUGAGAAGCAAAGUGGAAGGGCGGGAGUGGGAGCGACCUACGGCGGGAGCACCGUUGCGGCCAUCCAGGUCCGGGUUCCAGCCAGCCAGCCAGGUCACUCCCGUCAUUCAGCACUGCGCGCCAACACUGCCAUUCCCAGAUGGGGAAACCCGCCGUCGCCUUGGGAGGUUGACGGAGGCUCUAUCCAAUAUUUUCUGUCGCCAGGGGGCUAUGGAGGAGAACGGCCUAUGCAGGGACUUCUCCCUGAUGCUAAACUGGUUUGUGUUACUGGUGGUCAUACGCUCUGCAUUUCGCCAAUUCAAGGAACCAAUGAACAAUCUAUGAGAUUAUUCAUGUCGCAAUCGUCUCCAGACUGUCAGUUGCUCGGUCACCCCAAAAUUGAAGGUGACAAUGCGUCGGCAUCAGUCGUGACUCUGGCAAUGGAUCCGAAUGAAGGCUAUGGCGAUACAUCAACUCCUUUGCAGCAGACUAAGCCGCUUGUGUAUGUACCCCAUAGCGGGACCCAUAUCCCAGCCUGCAGGCCAAUGCAACCCUGUAACGGCAUGCAAUCCAUUCUCAAGCGCCGCCGGUCCAGAAUGGCUGAAUGGCAACCAGUGGGUGGAUGGAUGGAUGGCUGUGGACGGGUGUGCUCGGUUGGUCCGAUCUGGGAGGGUGGUGGUGUUGGAGUUCCUUUCUCCCUCAGAAUUGUGUUCUCGGGCGGGAUUGCCCAGUCAAUGGUCAUUGUAUCGGUUUCGUUCAAAGGCGUCUAUUGAACCUCAACAAUGGCAUAGAGAGACGCACGGUUGGCGCCGUCUAACAUGUUGCAAGUAACACCACCGGGGACGGGUAGAAACGGCGAAAGAAGGACGACGGUGACGAGGAAAACGACAACGACACCACACGAUGUCCCGGCCCUCGGCGGUGAAGGCGGAAGGAACAUGAACAUUUUGCCGGCUGCUCCCUUGCGGUCUUGGCAUGCAAGUGAACAAGCCGCGCAUCCCCAUUCGAUGAAAACGUGUGCCUGGCAGACAACGGUCGAUGUGUAUCGACUGGACUGUGUGAAGAUGCGGAGCUCUCCUUUUACCACCGCAAGGGCCGGGCCGAGAGUCGGUCUUGUCGUGUCCAAGUCUAGCAGGCUGAUAAAG